CUUCGUGUGGGAGAAUACAGAAGAUGAUCUGCAAGCAGACAAGACAAAAAUACUGGCUCUUAGUAAAAGUCAUGAACUGUUUGUCCAUGAAUUCACUAUAGAAGAUGGAAAAUGCAACCCGAUUUCCCUGCACAGUUGUAAGGAAGAUACACUUAAAAAGCUCCUUGAAGUUAAAAACAUUAGCCUGUCUUCAAUUUUCUCUUUGAGGAUACUGUCUUUUGAAAACAACAAAUGCAUUCUUCUGCUCAAUAAGUCUAUUGUUGUGCAUCUUACCUUUCCUGGAAAAGAGUCGCCCUUAGAGACCUGUGACUGCUUUGCCCUUGAUUUGCGUCCGCAAGCGUUGGAAAGAAUAACGGAUAUGCACUUCUGCAGGGGGAUCCUGUUCCUGUUGGAUAGCUCUGGCUGGAUUUACGUAUUUGACACCUUUGAUGGUGCAAAUCUAGCAAACAUCAACGUAGCGCUCUGCCAGGGAGCUGUGCAGGAUGGGGAGAGGAGUCCAACCAUCGCAUCGCCACUCAUGGCGGUGAAAGUGUCGCGUGAUCUCAGUGUUGCUGUGAUCAUCAGCUCUUCCAACUGCGCCAUCUCCGUGGAUCUAAACACAUACUUCAGACAGUUCCCUGGGCACUUGCUCUGUAAGAGAGAUCCUGAAAAUCUUCCGGUGAAGCCUCCUGAAGGACUAGAUGAGGAUGACCUUGCUAGUUCUGAGUACAGCAUGGAGCUUCUGUCCUUGCCUUUCCACACAGACCGGUACGUCCUGGAGAGCACACUUGUCCUCACUAUGUGA